CUAACCAGAGAAGCCGCAGCAAGGGCGAAGUGCGGACAGAGUUCAAUCGUCUAAAGUCCUUGGUCACACUGAUCUAUCACAUUUUGAAUUACACUUCAAACAACUGGACACUUUUUUCCGUCUACUUUGGGCCACCCCCACCAGCUCGGGAUUGCUCAUACGGCUUCCACAAGUGUAAUCACAAGUGAACCAAAUUGACAAAGUAACAUGGAUGCUUUCGAGGGAAUUCACAGUGUUCGGAUUUCAUCCUCUCCGCCACCCAUGAUCUCUUCCGGUCGGGCCUACGAAGUCCUGAAGUCAGGCAGGUCGGGAAUAGCGGUGUAUUCCUCUGCGGUGUUCUUUGGGACGCCAUCCGAAGCUGAGGAGAAGGGCUGCGUGGUAGGAAGGUUGGUAGACCUGGAUCCCGAGCCAGAGCCCGGAUUGGAGGGAAUAGGCCAGGCUGGGCCCACAAUGGAAAUAGACCAGGGCGUCCAUUCCCGCCUGCGCAGCUCCUCGUUGCAAAUACGAGAGAAAGAAAUUCGUGAAAAGGGCUCGGAGAUCCUCAGUGAACAGUUAGACGCUGCAAAAAAGGAACUAAAACUAAAAGACAAGGAAUGCGAGCGUCUGUCGCAGGUCAGGAAUCAGCUGGAACAAGAACUGGAGGAGCUCACUGCCAGUCUCUUCGAGGAAGCUCACAGGAUGGUGCGCGAGGCCAACGUCAAACAAGCAGGAGCGGAGAAACAACUGAAGGAGGCUCAGGGGAAGAUUGACGUCCUUCAAGCAGAAGUGACAGCGCUCAAAUCCCUGGUGUUAACCUCGACGCCGUCCGCUCCGAACCGGCAGCUGCAUCCCCAGCUGAAGCUCCCAGUCGGGGGGCACACUCGCAACAAGAGCCUGAGCAGUGGUUCACUGUGUCCUCCUGGGAAACCAGAAUCGCCGUCACUUCCUGUUCAGCCGGUCAUCAAAGAGGACAGAGAGAUGGACUCAGUUCUUUACGCAGAGUUCCUCAUGUGGAAGGAGCAUCCGAGUCUCGAGCGUUCAUCCGCCCUCAUGAAUCGCAUCUACAGAGAAGACAUCGCCCCCUGCCUCUCGUUUACACGAUCCGAACUGGCCCAGCUGGUGCAGAGCGCCGUCGAAAACAACUCUUUGACUAUCGAGCCCGUGGCUAUGUCAGCGUUACCAAUGGUUAAAGCCUCAGCCAUGGAAUGUGGAGGACCGAAUUACUUUAGGGCAGCAGUGGAGACAAAAUGCGCGCUCAGCGGCGUGUCGCGACUGUGCAGACAUCGGAUUAAACUCGGCGACAAGGGGAACUACUACUACAUUUCCCCCUCCAGCCGAGCACGGAUCACAGCCGUAUGUAACUUUUUUACGUAUAUCCGCUACAUCCAGCAAGGUCUGGUCAGGCAUCGUGCGGAGCAGAUGUUCUGGGAGGUGAUGCGUCUCCGAAAGGAAAUGAGUGUGGCCAAGCUGGGUUUUUACCUCACAGAGGAGAGUUAGAAGACCUGGUCGACCAGCGUGACGCAUGAGGACCAGGACACGUCAGGCUUACAAAGCGGUAACUUAUAAGAGGUCAACCAAGAAAACGGUUGUACUACCACAAGAAGACAAUGAAAGGCAAAGUCGAUUUUAAGAUACCGUAUUUUACGGCUCAUAAGGCGCAUAUUUUUGUGACGCUUUGUAUGUUAGUUUAUUGUAAUUGUUCCGUAUGUUUAGUUGAUCGAUUUAGUGCUCUUAUGCUAGGCUAAAAUCAGACAUGAGACACUGGGUAGCGCCGCGUGUCUCGCUCGGGUUUGUUUGUCAUGCAACGACAUGGGGGUUGCUUCGAGCAGAGGUGCGAUCCUCUGACAGACAAAAAAAAAAAAAAAGUUCAUCAUCACAUUGUGUUAUUUAUUUAUCUCCUGUUAAAUGAUAUCUUGGUUGACAGUUCAACAGCUGUAAACAAAUCAAUGCACUGACCAUUAUACAACCUUUUUUUAAAAAUUCUGUCCUGGCAGCUACAGGAAGCUGGCUGGCCAAUCUCAAAAGCUCAGCUUACAUUAGGCCUCGCGGCGUAGUAGGACUACAUGUCCCAUGAUUCUAAGACACAAAAGCAGAAAGUAGUUCGAGUUCCGGUGUGAUGAAAACAAACGCCUGCGAGCGAUUCAAUGUUGGUGAAAGUGAGAACACGAUCAUAAAUGUGAAAGUGAGCAGCAGGAAGGAAUUUAACUUUACGGUUUACCUCUCGGUCCCACAUAUCACAUGGUGACAUUGGAAAUGCGCAGCCAGAAACGCGCAGUUGACCGCUUCAUUAGGACGACCUUUGACCCGAUUCUUAGACGCAGAAGCAGGAAGUAGUCCUAGUUCCAGUAUGACAACGUCAUGUACUGUAGAUGCCAACUCGCGAUUAGAUCUGGAUGGGAAUGACAUUGUGAACGCAAUGGGAGGAAAUUUACAUGAAAGUUGAACUGAAAAGCUGACAUCCGUCCAAACGUAGGGCACAUUACAUUGUAAGGCGCGCUGGCGAUUUUUGAGAAAAUGAAAAGGAUUUUAAGUGCGCCUUAUGGUCCGAAAAAUACAAUACUCGUGAUAUUUCCAUGCCUAGUUUUUAAUCUUGCUGAUGUAGACACCACAAUAUUGUUAGUCCAUACAAAUGUAUUUUAGUUCAGGCAUUUGCGCUUGAAGACAUUGAGGAGUAAAACAUAGAGCAGAAUGUUAUUACAAAACAAAAUUAGCAUACAUACAUUUAGGUGUCAGUUUUACAAACAGCAUUCAUUGCCUUUUAGGUCCAAUCACAACAACAGUUGAGCCAUAACCGAGUUCCGAAAUGAGAUGCGCUGCCCUGCAGAGCUCAGCUCUACAAACUUUAGUGAAGUUUUGCACGUCCAAAAUCAACGUCAUAUAUACUGCAUGAGCUAUUCACAACAAUGUAUAAAUGUCAUCCAUAAGCCAUGGUAUGUAAUUUGCAUUGGCUGUUUUACCUCAUAGUAUAUAUGUAUUAUUGUAGUUAUUUUAUUGUAUUUUUUUUUAACAUUCCAACGGUAUUAUGAAGGUAAGAAUGAAGAAACGCGUAGGUGCGAUAAGUGUAAUCACCACUUCUAGGCCUCUAAAAGGCUUAGAUUUGACGUCUUCAAUGUCAGUGUACUGAUACCUGCCAACACUCCAUUAAAGUCUGACAAUGCCA